AUGGGUGUCAUCUAUCCUCGCCGCGAGUGUGGCUACACCUACGACGGCCGCUAUGUCUGUCGCAACAGCGGCUGGUACGACUGGGGCCGAUGGGUGGCCUUUGCCGUCAUCGUGGGUUGUGCUUUCAUCAUCUUCUUCCUGUUCGCAUGCUACAACGCCCGUCGACGACGCAGUCGCGGCCUUCGUCCCCAUCCCGGCACCGCCUGGAUGGCCGGUCCGCCGCCCGCCUACAACCAGUACAACCAGUCCCAGCCCUACAACGCCGACCCCUACUACCAACAACCGCCGCCGCCGCAGUACACACCCCAGCCCGCGGCCUAUGGGUACUUUGGAGGACAACCACAACCAGGGCCCGGGAUUGAAUUGCAGACGCCCCCCCAUGCAUACACUCACGGCGGCGACCGCGUCUAUCAACCACCGCCCGGUCCACCGCCUGCUGGAGACGGGAAGGCGUAG